AUGACUCUAUUUUUUUAUAUUAUACUUCAGCUCUUAUGCUCAUCGGAAAGAAUCGAUAUUUUGUCAAGUGAGGCAACAAGCAAUGCAAAAACUGAGCUCAUGAUUUUAUCUGUAAAAAAUUAUUUUCCAAGUUAUUUUGAAAUAGAGGCGUCCCAAAUAAAUUCGACAGAGCCAAUUAUUGAUCUGCUAUCCACUACAUAUAUUGUCAUUGAUAUCACUGACAUUCUUGCUUUUCAAUGAAAACUGGCAGAAGCUGCUCAAGUUAUAGGUUUCGUUCACAUUAUUGUUGGAGUUUCUUCUGAUCAAAUAAAAGGAUUGGAGUAUUUUCCAAUGCUACCACUCAGAGCCCAUUACGAAGCCCUAAGCAGCAUUUUGAGCUACUUAAACUGAUAUCAAUAUAACUUAAUUUACAACGAAUCAAAAGAUGCAAUAAAUUUGAAAAAUUUAUUCAUAGAAAGUCAAGCAACAAUACAUGAUUUUUGUUAUCCAAGUGGAAAUAGCUUAGAUGUAACUUCUGCAUUUAUAGGAAGAGAAGUAAAGCCAACUGGGCUGACAAAUUUAGUUGUAUUAAGCGAAGGAAAAAGCGCAAACCAGCUAGUAAACUCAAUAAUAGAUAAUAAAAUGUAUGUGAAAAACUCAGGCAUUAUACUGUGAAGUAAAGCUAUAUGAGGACCAACGCAAGACGGACUUAUUAUAAUUGUCCAAGAAGGUCUGGAGCUUGCUUCUAGCCUAGAAGAAUAUGAAGUAACUUCGCUUAUGCAUGUUUUUCAACAAAUCAACCUAUACAAUCAAAAUAUAGACUUAUAA